CGUUUCCUAGGUCGCGGGCUGUGCUUUUCGAGCACGACGGCUGUACCUGAAGUGCACCCCGGACGGGGACUGCUCAGCCCCGGCCAAGGGAUCAGCUCACGCCUAAUCAAGAAAAAAGGACCCGCCUCGUCCAGUUGCAGCAGAAAAAGGGGUGGCAAAAGGAACCCCGGAACUUUCUGAGAAGAAUUGCUGGAGACUGGAGAGUGACACUUCCGCUUUGUGGAGCUGCUUGCUUGUGAAUUAUCGCUAUUAUCCCUGUACUAUAUUAAAUAUAUAUGUAUAUUACCCGGUGCUGCACUAUCGCUGGCUUCUCGGACGCGCUAUAAAAACGAAGCAGCCCCGGCGCCAGACUCUGGCCUCCUUCCAGCUCCACCAGCCGAACAGAGAGUCCACUCUACUCCACUGGACACUGACCUAAACUGGCCCCGCUUCUUCCCGCGCCCCACUACUCCCACCGAGCAUGGGGCGCCUGCUGGCCUCCGUCGAGCGCCUGGCCGCGGUGGCCGCCGCGACACCGGCGGCCACCGGGGGCGUCCACACGGACACGCUCCUCAUCCUCGCCGCCGUGCUCUGCUUCCUGCUCUGCGUCGUCGGGCUCGCCUUCGUCGCGCGGUGCUCGCGGCUGUGCAACCCCUCGGCCUACUCCGUCGACGCGGCGGCAAUGCCGGCGGCGGCGCGCAAGGGGGUCGAGAAGGAGGCGCUGCGGAUGCUGCCGACCGUGCCGUUCGAGGGGGGCGACGCCGGGGAGCGGCUGGAGUGCGCCAUCUGCCUCGCCGAGUUCGCGUGCGGGGACGAGGUCCGCGUGCUCCCGCCGUGCGGCCACGCCUUCCACGCCGCCUGCGUCGACACCUGGCUCCUCUGCACCUCCACUUGCCCCUCCUGCCGCAGCGCCCUCGUGCUGGCGCCGGCGUCCAACAGUACUACAGAUCCUCCCCGGUGCUGCGCGUCGGCGCAGGCGGCCCUCGCGGAGCCAGAGUACUCCGUCGCCGUCGCCGUCGUCGUCGAGCGCGGCGGCCCUUGCCGGACGUCGGUGCCGUAGGCUGGCGAGCCCGUCCACGGGCGCCAACACCCUGUGUCCUUGUACAUAUCUCCACACCCUGCCACGAUCACUGAUGGAUUGCUGAUGCUGUACAGUGUGCAAUGGGACAUUUUAAUCUGAUCUGUGAAUACCUAGUAAAAAAGGCUUUCUUAACUAUAUGUGGCAAGAACAUUUUCGUUUUGGUUCCUCGCGGUUAACUGCUGAUGUACGAUUAAAAAAAAGGCACUCGAGAAUGAAGGGCGUGUUUAGUUGCC